AUGUGUUCAUUUGAUUAUAUGAACUUCUCCAUUUCUCUUAUUCAGGAGCUGCGGGCAGAGAGGGAGAGGAGCGGCAAGCUGGCAGCAGAGGUGGAUCGGUUGAAAGCAGACAACGUGAAGCUGUAUGAGCGCAUGCGCUACGUGCAGGACUACACAAGUGCUGGAGCAGGAGGAGGGGACAGACCCAACAGUAGUCGAUCCAGGAAGAGCGACAUAGAGGCGGGUCCAGCAGCAGAUGUGGAGAGCAAGUACAAGAAGAUCUACGAGGAAACAAUCAACCCCUUUGCUGCUUUCUCCACCAAGGAGAGGGAGCAGCGAGUGAGGGACCUGGGUCUGCGAGACAGAAUCACCCUCACCAGUGGCAAAUUCCUCCUCUCCAACAAGUACGCGCGCACGUUUGUCUUCUUCUACUCCAUUGGCCUCCAUAUCCUUGUGGCUCUCAGCAUGUACCGCCUCUCCAGCCUCAGUUAUGCCAGGAUAAAGUUUGACGAGGCUGAGCUUCCAUCGAAGCACUCGCUAUUGACCGCAGCUCUGAGGUCACGCAAUGCCACAUUGGGCAGUGGCCAUUCAUCGGGUUGA